GCAACACUGUUAUGGUCGCUGUUUUUGUUUACCUGUUCGUUUGCUGAGCUCGACAACUUAUUACCAUUUUGUCCGUCAACAUAAAAGCUAUAAUUAAAUAAUGAGCGCCGAAAUAUCUGGGUUUCGGCGUUUUCUACACUGGGGUCCAAUAACCGCGCUGAGCAUCAUUAAAUGCAUAACGCUGACGACGCUUUACAUGAACUCGAUGUGGUGGCCACCGAACGAAUCGUUUGCUGCCUUCGCACAUCAGGCCCUGUUCCUGCUGCUCUCCACGUUGGCCACUUUCAAUUACAUCAUGGCCACGGUGACAGGUCCGGGCCUGCUGCCAAAACAGUGGCAGCCAAAGGACCCCAAGGACACGGAGUGGCUGCAGUACUGCAAGCAGUGUGAUGGCUAUAAGGCGCCGCGUUCGCAUCACUGUCGCAAAUGCAAUCGGUGUGUUAAAAAAAUGGACCAUCACUGCCCAUGGAUCAACCAUUGUGUUGGCUGGGCCAACCACGCCUAUUUCUGCUAUUUCCUGCUCUUCUCUAUACUGGGCAGUCUGCAUGGUUCGGUGGUUCUUAGUUGUUCCUUUUAUCGCGGCAUUCACCGCUAUUACUACCUGACCCACGGAAUGGCCCAUUUGGCCAGCGUACAGUUUACAAUCGGCAGCAUUGUCAUGUGCAUACUGGGCAUGGGCCUGGCCAUUGGCGUUGUGAUUGGACUGGGCAUGCUGCUCUUUAUACAGUUGAAGACAAUCGUCAUGAAUCAGACGGGCAUUGAGCUUUGGAUUGUCGAAAAGGCGAUCUAUCGCCGAUACAAAGCCGACACUUAUGAGCCAUUUGUCUACCCCUACGAUCUAGGGUGGCGGCUUAAUCUGCGCCAGGUGUUUAACGACGAGUGUCAAAAACGCGGUGAUGGCUUCGAAUGGCCGGUGGUCAAGGGCUGUGAUCAAUACACGUUGACCCGCGAGCAGCUGGCCCAAAAGGAGGAGAAACGUGCCCGAACCCGCGUCUACAAGUGUAUAAGCCCUGUGUCAGGUCGAUGGAUGCCGAUCUUCUCACAGGGUUGGCGCAUCUGCAUAAAUGCACCCUGCACAGACGAACCACGCAUUCGCCUACAGCCCGAUGACAUUAUCAAGGUGACGCGUUUUCGCCGGCACUGGCUGUUUGGUGAGCGUGUGCCCAGCGAGCUGGUGCACACAGCUGUGGCGCAGAAGAAGCGUCAGCGCAAAGGUCACAUACGUGGCUGGUUUCCACGUCGCAGUGUCGUUGCCAUUACCGAAAUGCCGGAUUCCGAUAGCAGCGACGAUGUUAAAACCGUUAAAACCUCGACUAGCAAUGGACACAGUCAUGGAAAGCAACUGCAACGCAAUGGACUUAGCAAAAAGUAUAUGUAGUCGCAAAUGGGAGCAUACCGAGGCAAUUUCAAUUACAAUAUGCAAUGCGUUCAACUGCAAAUCGGCAUGUAAAUAGUGAUAGAAACUCUUUAAUGGCUCGAUUUCAUCAUGUUUUAUGAACACGCAGGUCAUCUUGUUUAGAUUGUUAAGUGAAAGCCAAUACAUAAAUGAUGAUGUCUCGAAUGAUUGAGGAGAAUACUAUUAACAAUGCAAAUUAAAAACAGACAAUGAUUUUUUAAUUUUUUGGACUGCAAUGUGGUGACAGGUGACACGUUGCAAAUUAA